AUGAAGAGGUGCAGCUUAGAGUUGGCCGCAUUUGGGCCAGGAUGGAGGCGGCGCCGGAAGAGGCUGGGCAGCAGGGUUGAAAAUGAAAUUGAGGUGGGCUUGCACCCGGCACCUGCCCUGCUCGGGAAAUCGGCGCUCAGACGCUGUGGGGCUGGAGGAGAGGGACCCGAAGGCACAAAACUGUGGGUGCAUCAUGCACAGAUCUUCCUAAUUCCAGAAGAGGAAGGAAGGGUCAUCGCCUUCAGGACAGCAGUGACCGGCAGGGCCAGGGUUCGAGCCCGAGGCAGAGUGCACAAUCCAGCAUCCGUGGAGCCUGCUAAGCCUGAGGUGGCUAGGGGUUCCCGAAUGCCUGAAGUACCCAGAACCGACCCACCACGGAGCUUCGUUGACACAGUGAGAUGUGGCACAGCAGCUCAGCAACCUCGUCAAAUCCAGCCUAGACUCAAGCAGCUGUGGGAUGAUAGCCACGUGGCUGGUGCUGGACCACCAACAGGAGCAGACGGAACACCUCAGCCUUCAGAGGAACUUCAACUGGCAUCUGGAUUGCAGGAAUCCUCACUGAGGGAGAGGAGGGAUGUUGGCAGGGAUUAUCGAGACUUCGUGGUGAAUACUCGGCAGAAAUUAGGCCAUGUUAGAGAGUCAACAAAAGGCACGCUAGGUAGCCCAGUAAUGCUAUUUUCAAACCAUGUCCAGCUGAAGUCUUGUUCUCACAGGAAUUUAUACAAGUACAAUGUCAUCUAUACGCCAGACACAGAGGGUGGAAGAAAACGUGAAGCUUUACUCUCUGAACUUGAAAAGUUAUUGGGACAUCAUCGUAUAUGUGAUGGAAGCUCUUUAUUAUUACUCCACUCACUAGGGAAAUGGUUAAGACCUAAAAAGGAAGUGGUCAGCAAGUUGAAGAACCAGCCUGUGAAGAUAACCUUUGAGCUCUCCAGAGAACUACAGACCACCUCGCCAGAUUGCCUAUGCUAUUACAACAUUCUCUUUAGAAGAAUGUUGGAGAAGAUGGAUUUGAACCAAGUUGGUCGCAACUAUUACAAUAAAAGUAAGAAGACUGAGUUCUACAAGAAUAGAUUGGAAAUCUGGCCUGGCUAUGUUACUUCCAUUCUUCCAUAUGAAACUGGUCUUACGCUCUGUGCUGAUGUGAGCCAUAAACUGCUCCGAAUGUAAACUGCUUAUGAUUUAAUAUCACACACUCGUGAAAAAGCCAGAGAAGAAGAUGCAAAAGAGAAAAUUCUUAAAAAAUUAGUUGGGUCAUCUGUUCUUACAAAGUAUAACAACAGAACCUACAGGGUGGAUGAUAUUACUUGGGAGAAGUCUCCCAGCUCUACAUUUACAAGGUCGGAUGGCAGUGAAACCUCCUUUGUAGACUAUUACAGGGAGCAGUAUGGUACAGUGGUCACUACCUUAAGUCAGCCACUUUUGAUCACCAAGAGCAAAUGGAAAAAGAGCCGACAGGACACACUCCGUCAACCUAUAAUGCUGGUUCCUGAGCUAUGCCACCUGACAGGCUUAACGGAUGACCUGCGUAAAGACUACGGAAUGAUGAGAGAGUUGUCCACCUAUAUGAGGAUGGAUCCAGGUAGAAGGCAGUGUAAAUUGCUAACACUCAUGGAUGCUUUAAGAGAAAAUAAUACUGUACAAAAGGAGCUUCGAGACUGGAAUUUGGAACUUGAGAUGGAGUUUUUAUCCUUUUCUGGAAGAACUUUGCAAGAUGUAAGAAUUCACCAAGGAAGAAGAACUGUAAGACAGCUGCAGGAUUGUCAUUUUGACAACCAUAAUGCAGAUUGGUCAAGAAACACAAGGGAGGUACCUGUACUUAGAGCAAUGUCACUGGAUCAUUGGCUAAUACUCUAUACUAAGGGAAAUUAUGGAACAGCCCUUACCUUUCAGCAGAAUCUACAGAAAUUCACACCCAAAAUGGGCAUAACUGUCAGAAAUGCAAAACUGCUUGAAGCAGAUGAUACAGUCCAUCCUUAUAUAAGCACCUUAGAAAAACAUGCUUCACAAAAAGCACAGAUGGUCCUUUUCUUGCUGCCCACUGAAAAUAAAGAAAUUUAUGAUGGCAUAAAAAGACAUGUGUGUGUCAAUUACCCGAUUCCAAGCCAGUGUGUGUUGAAAAGGACCUUAGAGAGACCCAAGACGCCGCUGACCAUCACUACAAAGAUUGCCCUGUAGAUGAACUGCAAGCUAGGAGGUGCCCUCUGGAAGGUGGAUAUAGAAUUGCAGAAUGCAAUGUUCAUCGGUAUCGAUUGUUUCCACGGUAUUGUACAUCCGAAGUCAGUCGCAGGAUUUGUGGCAAGCAUCGAUCCAGACUUGACGCAGUGGUUCUCUCAAUGCAUCAUCCAGCAAUCGGGGCAGGAGCUUGUCAAUGGGCUGACAACCUGCUUGCAUACUGCCUUGAAGCUCUGGUAUGAACAAAAUUCAUCUCUGCCACAUUCUAUCAUUGGGUAUCGAGAUGGAGUGGGAGAAGGACAGCUUCAAGCACUGAUUGACCAAGAACUAAAACAGAUGGAGUCCUACUUAGAAAAUGCUUACAGAGGACAAAGUGUCAGACUAACUUUCAUCGUGGUGAAGAAACGAAUAAACACCAGAUUUUUUAUUGAAAAGGAUGAGGGAAGACUUGACAAUCCAUCUCCAGGAACGGUUAUUGAUUUAGAGGUGACUAGGACGGAAUGGUAUGACUUUUUUAUUGUGAGUCAGUCUGUGAAAGAAGGCACUGGCACUGUCACUCCCACUCAUUAUAAUGUCAUCCAUGACACGCUUUACUUGAGCCCAGAUGCAGUACAAAGUCUAACUUACAAACUAUGCCACAUGUAUUACAAUUUUUCAGGUAUUAUCCGAGUUCCUGCUCCUUGCCAUUAUGCCCAUAAGCUGGCUUACCUGGUGGGCCAGAGUCUUCACCAAGAACCACAUGAAUCUCUGUCAAAACGUCUCUUUUACCUUUAA